AUGGAUCACCGUGUAGCUUACAUCGGUGAAGGUCUCAUUGACCCGAACGGGCUUCAUAGCCUGGCCAACCUCGGAGAUAUCCACAUCGACCAGAACUCUCCUCAACAGCGUCGGGAGGUUCUGGAUGAUCUGGCAAUCGACAUUAGUGAAAUGUACCUUGACGAUAUCUACAAGGAAGAUAUAGACGGAGCCGACGAGGAUAAAGCGGCAGAACAGAUUCAGCAUCCCUUGGCUGAGGUUUCGACCAAUAGUCACGAGGCAGCUUUUGGUAGAAGAAAAAGAGUAGGCCUCGACGCACAAGCGACGAUAUGCCAAGGACACCAGUCGAUCCGUCGAACGUCUGCUGUUCGCAGUGAAUCGAGUGAUGACAAGAGCCGCAAUACCGUCAACCAGCUGGAUUCCAUGGCGCCCUAUAACCGGCAGCCACCGCAGCCAACCCAACUCUUCUCCCUCAACAACAACAGAUCACGGCCGGAUGUGGAAGUACGGCCACCACAGACAUUCGCAAGUAAACUCGCCCAAUUCGUGGGAGCAGGGAGUAUAUCCGACAACGAAGUACCAGCUCGAAAUUAG